AUGGAGGAGUCGGAGGUGGUCGAAUUAUCAGUGGAAGACAAGCCGAAGAGUCGAAGGAUUUCCUCGAAGAGAACAUCCACCAUCAGCCUAGCGGUCGUCAGCUCCGAAACCUCCCCCGCCACUGUCAACAACUCCAAAAAGUAAGGCGCGAUGGGUAAUAUUGAUAAAUAAAUGCGUGUUUUGACUUAAUAAUUUUAAAGAUUAGCCCGAUAUGCUAGCCAGAUUUUUGUCACACCACAUGGCAAAUCAUUCAUGGUUCAAUAAAUAUGGAUUCAGGUAGGCCUUUCAUGUGCUACUAGCUAGCUAGCCUAAGGUAACUAGCUAACGUUAGCUAGCUAGGGUCCCCUGGUUUUAAUCUCUAUCAAACAAACACUGCAUCAUUAGCGAUAAUUUUUUAAUUGCGCUCUAGUAGUGUAGUACGUUAGCUAAGUUAGUUAAAAACGUACCGUGACUAUACUAACUAGUAUGUAACUAACUAGUUCGUUUGAUUUAUUUAGACAAACACAUGUGAAGUUUGAUUAGUCUCAAAUUUGUCGAAAUAGCCUAAAUAGAUUGCUAACUACGUCCAUAACAGUACAUCAGUGGACCACCCCACAGCCUUUUAGAGGCAUCUGAUGCUGAGCUUACUAUCUCCUGAGGAAAGAGUCCAUCAAAAGAUAACAUUGUUCUUCUAUAUCGGUGUGGUGGGUUUAUCUAGAACACCUUAGAGAAAAUGCACAUUCAGUCAUGGUCAAAGUUUUAUGCUUUGCCUCUAAGUCUACACUUAAUAAUAACACCAAAGUAUGAUUUGUGUAUGUAUCUGAUUGUCAAAGAGUCCAUACGGCCUAAGUAGGGGCAUUUUGGUUGGGUUACAGUAUGAAUAUCUCAUAGUGUUUAUUUCUGGCUGUUUUCUCUCUCACCCUGUAGACCGCCACUGUGCAGAGGGAGUUCCUUCACCUUCCUGACUCCAGUAACACCAUGGGACUUCAAUCUGGUGAGUAGUACUGUAGCUAGUACUAAACUGAUGGAAUGCCAACAUCAAACCAACAUGUGUCUUUCUCAAUUACUACAAAGUCAGUCAAUCAAAUUUAACACAGUACAAAAUAAAUACUUCAUUUAUUUCCAUGUGAAAUGUACACUGCCUUGCAAAAGUGUUCAGACCCCUUGGAUUUCUUCAAAUUGUUUGUGUUACAAUUAAAUUGUCCCUUUUUUUUUUACAAUGAGGGGAAAAAAGUAUUUGAACCCCUGCUGAUUUUGUACGUUUGCCCACUGACAAAGACAUGAUCAGUCUAUAAUUUUAAUGGUAGGUUUAUUUGAACAGUGAGAGACAGAAUAACAACAAAAUCCAGAAAAACGCAUGUAAAAAUUUUUAUAAAUUGAUUAGCAUUUUAAUGAGGGAAAUAAGUAUUUGACCCCUCUGCAAAACAUGACUUAGUACUUGGUGGCAAAACCAUUGUUGGCAAUCAGAGGUCAGACGUUUCUUGUAGUUGGCCACCAGGUUUGCACACAUCUCAGGAGGGAUUUUGUCCCACUCCUCUUUGCAGAUUUUCUCCAAGUCAUUAAUGUUUCGAGGCUGACGUUUGGCAUCUCGAACCUUCAGCUCCCUCCACAGAUUUUCUAUGGGAUUAAGGUCUGGAGACUGGCUAGGUCACUCCAGGACCUUAAUGUGCUUCUUCACGAGCCACUCCUUUGUUGCCUUGGCCCUGUGUUUUGGGUCAUUGUCAUGCUGGAAUACCCAUCCACUACCCAUUUUCAAUGCCCUGGCUGAGGGAAGGAGGUUCUCACCCAAGAUUUGACGGUACAUGGCCCCGUCCAUCGUCCCUUUGAUGCGUGAAGUUGUCCUGUCCCCUUAGCAGAAAAACACCCCCAAAGCAUAAUGUUUCCACCUCCAUGUGUGACGGUGGGGAUGGUGUUCUUGGGGUCAUAGGCAGCAUUCCUCCUCCUCCAAACACGCCGAGUUGAGUUGAUGCCAAAGAGCUCGAUUUUGGUCUCAUCUGACCACAACACUUUCACCCAGUUCUCCUCUGAAUCAUUCAGAUGUUCAUUGGCAAACUUCAGACGGGCCUGUAUAUGUGCUUUCUUGAGCAGGGGGACCUUGCGGGCGCUGCAGGAUUUCAGUCCUUCAUGGCGUAGUGUGUUACCAAUUGUUUUCUUGGUGACUAUGGUCCCAGCUGCCUUGAGAUCAUUGACAAGAUCCUCCCGUGUAGUUCUGGGCUGAUUCCUCACCGUUCUCAUGAUCAUUGCAACUCCACGAGGUGAGACCUUGCAUGGAGCCCCAGGCCGAGGGAGAUUGACAGUUAUUUUGUGUUUCUUCCAUUUGCGAAUAAUCGCACCAACUGUUGUCACCUUCUCACCAAGCUGCUUGGCGAUGGUCUUGUAGCCCAUUCCAGCCUUGUGUAGGUCUACAAUCUUGUCCCUGACAUCAUUGGAGAGCUCUUUGGUCUUGGCCAUGGUGGAGAGUUUGGAAUCUGAUUGAUUGCUUCUAUGGACAGGUGUCUUUUAUACAGGUAACAAGCUGAGAUUAGGAGCACUUCCUUUAAGAGUGUGCUCCUAAUCUCAGCUCGUUACCUGUAUAAAAGACACCUGGGAGCCAGAAAUCUUUCUGAUUGAGAGGGGGUCAAAUACUUAUUUCCCUCAUUAAAAUGCAAAUCAAUUUAUAACAGUUUGACAUGUUUUUCUGGAUUUUUUUGUUGUUAUUCUGUCUCUCACUGUUCAAAUAAACCUACCAUUAAAAUGAUAGAAUGAUCAUUUCUUUGUCAGUGGGCAAACGUACAAAAUCAGCAGGGGAUCAAAUACUUUUUUCCCUCCCUGUGUAUAUAUAAAUAAAAAAUGUAGAACUAAAAUAUAGUUGUUGCAUAAGUAUUCAGCCUCUUUGUUUAGGCAAGCCUAAAUUAGUUCAAGAGUAAAAUGUGGCUUAACAAAUCACAUAAGUUACAUGGACUCACUCUGUGUGAAAUAACAGGGAUUGACAUGAUGUUUGAAUAACUACCCCUUCCUCUGUCCCCCAUACAUACAACAUCUGUAAGGUCCCUCGGUGAAGUAUUGAAUUUCAAGCACAGAUUCAUCUACAAGGGAGUUUUUUGAAAGCCUCAUAAAGAAGGGCAGUGAUUGGUAGAUGGGUAACGAUAACAAAUCAGACAUUGAGUAUCUCUUUAAGCCUGGUCAAGUUAAUAAUUCUGCUGUGGGUGAUGUAUUAAACCACCCAUCAAAGAUACUGUUGUCCUGAACUGAGCUUCAGGACAGGAAUGAAACUGCUCAGUGAUGUUACCAUUGGUGAUAUUAAAACGGCUACAGAGUUCAAUGGUUGUGAUGGGGAAAAAACUGUAGUGAAAAGAAGAAUACAAAUAAACAGAAUAUAAAAAUUUAAAAAAUGCAUCUUGUAUGCAACAGGGCACUAAAGUAAUACUGGGGGAAAAAACAGCAAAGGAAAACACUUUUCCCGGGAUAAAAAGAAACCUGGUACAGACUGUUUUCCACCAGACACUGGGAGAGGAAAUCACCUUUCAGCAGGACAAUAACCUACAACACAAGGCCAAAUCUACACUGGAGUUGCUUACCAAGAAGACAGUGAAUGUUUUUGAGUGGCCAAGUUACAGUUUUGACUUAAAUCUGCUUGAAAAUCUAUGGCACAUUUAGAAAAUUGCUGUAUAGCCGUGAUCCCCAACAGAGCUUGAAGAUUUUUGGAGGGGAAAAAAUGUGCAAAUAUUGCACAAUUCAGGUGUGCAAAGCUCUUAGAGACUUACCCAGAAGACUCGCAGCUGUAAUCGAUGCCAAAUGUGUUUCUAACAUGUAUUGACUCAGGGAGCUGAGUACUUAUGCAACAACUAUAUUUUAGUUAUUACAUUUUGAUUAAUCUUUAAUUUUUUGAAUUUUUCUUCCACUUUGACAGUAGAGUAUGUUGUGUAGAUUGUUGACAAAAAAUGACAAUUAAAUCCAUUUUAAUCCCACUUUGUAACACAAUAAAGUGUGAAGAAAUUCAAGGGGUCUGAAUACUUUUGCAAGGCACUUUAUAUACAUAUUUUAAGUCUUGUGAAGGUUAGGAACACACUCACUCUGUACUUGCGUUUACCUUUCCCACAGAAGAGAAAACGCAAAGAGCCCAAGGAUGAUGACACUGUCAGUCUGUCCAGCUUUGACCUCAAAGUAAGCCAAGGCUCCACCAGAUGUUACAAGAUUUCUUAUUAUUAAAACACUUGCCAUCACACGUUGACCCCCCCCCCCCCCCCUCAUGUGAAAUAUUUAUUUACAGCACACCAGUAGGCAAUAUGCUGCUUCUUUUUCCAAACGGGCUUGUGAGAGUCACUGACUGUAGUCUGAGGCUGCUCUGGUACCUUUUUUUACAGAAGAGAAAACGCACAGAGAAAAAGGAGGAUGAGGACACAGUCAGUCUGUCGAGCUUUGACCUCAAAGUAAGCCGAUGCUCCCACAGGCUUCUUCUACAACUGUGAUGAUGAUGAUGACAUUAGAGGCUGCUGCUGCCUAUUGAAAUCACUGGCCACUUUAAGAAAUGGAACACUAGUCACUUUUUAACAAUGUUUACAUAUCUUGCACUACUCAUCUCAUAUGUAUAUACUGUAUUCUAUUCUAUAAUAUUCUACUGUAUCUUAGUCCAUGCCGCUCUGUCACUGCUUGUCCAUAUAUGUAUAUAUUUUUAAAUUCCCUUCCUUACUUAGAUUUGUGUGUAUUGGGUAUAUGUUGUGAAAUUGUUAGAUAUUACUUGUUAGAUAUUACUGCACUGUCGGAGCUAGAAGCACAAGCAUUUCGCUACACCCGCAAUAACAUCUGCUAAACACGUGUAUGUGACAAAUACAAUUUGAUUUGACGAUGAAUAAAUGAAUCCACUUGCCAUGUGUAUAUCUAUCUGUAUGUGAGAUGGUGAGUAAAAUAAAGCCAUAGGGUUGUUAGUAAUAUCCCCUGGUAUGAAUUCAGAUUGUCAUCAUUGCCAUCCAUAACACUGAUAGAACUCAAAGUCAUUUCUCUCCUCUGUUUUCCAGGAGCCCAGUAACAAGCGCGUGCGUCCACUGAGCCGGGUGUCAUCUCUGGCUAACCUGAUCUCCCCUUCCAAGAAUGGAGCUGUCCGACGCUUUGGUCAAACCAUCCAGGUACAGUAUAUUCCCCUGUAUUACGCCGUAAUAACUCCAGACAGAAGCCAAUGGCAUUUGACCUGGUAGUAGAUUUUUUUUUUUUUUUUUAUCUGAUCUUUUUUUGUGUGCUUUUUUGUUUAUUGAACAGCAGGAAGUUAUAGAGAAGGAGAUUGACAGUAGAGGGGCACGGACAGAGAAGCCGAGACGGACUCUGGCAUGUCUAACUUUUUACUCACGUCCUCAGAACAUGUCACUGCGUGGGGGUGACAGCAAGUCGCCGGGUGCGUCCCGGAAGUCGUGCAGUAAGGCAGCGGGCCCAACACCUCCCAAACGCAGAAACAGCACUCUGUGGUCCGAAACACUGGACGUUCACCAGAAGAGCACCUUCUCCACCAAAGAGAUCAAGAGACAGGAGGCAAGGCAGUUAAAAAAAAAAAAAAUAUAUAUAUAUACAACUGUAGCACAUGUGUUAUCAUCAUAGUUCAAUGACUUUUUUUAUAGAUAAUGUGUUGUGCCAAACAUGGUAUAAUCCCAAUAUAUCAUGCCUUAUUGCUUAAUUAUAGUAGAGGUAGUAGGGCUGGGCAAUAUAGUGAAUUAAUUUGAAUAAUUCUAAUUUAUCAUUUUACCAGAUAUUCCAAAUGCCUGUAUCGCAAGAUUCACGUUUAUUCUUUUAAUUUGUUGUUUUUAUGAGUGUUUAUGUCCUCUUGUUCUCUUGUUGUCUUUUCGGUCUUGCUCCUGUGCUGUGUGCACCUUCCCAUUUACACACACACCAAGCCCCUCCCCCACACGCCAAGCCCUUCCCCCACACACCAAGCCCUUCCCCCACACGCCAAGCCCUUCCCCCACACGCCAAGUCCCUCCCCCACACGCCAAGCCCCUCCCCCACACGCCAAGCCCCUCCCCCACACGCCAAGCCCCUCCCCCACACGCCAAGCCCUUCCCCCACACGCCAAGCCCUUCCCCCACACGCCAAGUCCCUCCCCCACACGCCAAGCCCUUCCCCCCACACGCCAAGCCCCUCCCCCACACGCCAAGCCCCUCCCCCACACGCCAAGCCCCUCCCCUGCCACUCACAGCAACAAAGAUGAGAGAUCACUUCUUCCUCUCUGACAAGCGGUUUCAACUCGCCAUUUGGGUUUUGGUCUAACAGAAUUGGUCAUAUGGACACCGAAAAACAUUAUUGUUGCGACAUUAUUUUAUUGUAGAGGGGAGAAGAUAACCUUUCUAACAAUACCCUUUUUAUGUCUCAACUCCUCAAAUUGCGUGCAGGGCAGAUACUACUAAAACGAUACUACUAAAACGUGAGUAUCAAUGAACAUUGAUUCUGGAAAAUAAGACCAGGUACCGCUAGCAGCAACAACAAAAAUAUAUAGGACUUUUUUUAGGUCAUAUCGCCCAGCCCUAAUAUGUAGUAAGGGGAUCGAUGUUAUAGUCAGCUGUUUGUGUCUGAUGUUAUAGUCAGCUGUUUGUGUCUGAUGUUAUAGUCAGCUGUUUGUGUCUGAUGUUAUAGUCAGCUGUUUGUGUCGGAGUUCGGCAUGUACUCUUUGUCUGGUAUGUAAUCGAUUAUGAAUUCGGAAACGGCAAGCCUUAUAAACAACUUGAUUCAUGUUCUCUCUAGGCCAUUCAUGAGCUAUCCAGAGGAGAACAGGACCUUAUUGAAGACCUCCAAAUGGCACGAAAGGUACAAUAAAUGAUUAAAUGAACAAGUUUGUCUGUCUUCCUCUCAUAACGCUGAUUGACUGUAGCUUUAUUUCUUGUUCAACAGGCAUAUCACGAUCCCAUGCUGAAGCUUUCCAUCAUGACGGAGGAGGAGCUAACUCAUAUAUUUGGAGAUCUGGAUGCUUACAUUCCACUUCAUGAAGGUACUAGGUCUUUGUGUUCACUACCAGCCUCACCAGGGCUGGGGUCAAUUCCAGUUCAUUAACAUUUCCUUUAGUUUCAAGAAUUGGAGUUGGGUUUUCCGUUUACCUCUUAAAUUGAAAUGGAAUUGACCCCAGCCCUAAGCCUUCGUGUCGAAAGUGCUGCCAACUCUUUAUUUGAGAUGGUGGCUACAACAGAUGGCCGUAUGACAGCUACUAAACCAGACAGACUAUUUGAAAAUAUAUCUCCUCUUCAAAUUGAGGGCUGAUGGUUACGUUUCUCCUUGUUACAGACUUGUUGGAUAAGCUUGCAAAGGGCACCGGCCCUAAUGGAACAGUGGGUCAGAUUGGACAGAUCGUCAUGGACUGGGUAGGUGCCUCGCCUCUUGUGUAUCGGGUUUUUGGAUGUUAUGUGUAUUUGUAUAUUUCUUUAUGGCUAUUUUUAUUGCGAGAGCUCGAGUGAGUAAGAUUUCCAAUGUAUUAAUUACACAUCGCAAAUAAACUUGAAAUGUAAAAUCGUUCUCACAUCGCCAACAUUUAGAAUGAAUGUGUUUGUUUAUGAAAUGUAGACCCAGUGUCAUGCUCACAACCCCCGUUUGCCUUUAUCCGCAGCUGCCAUCUUUGAUUUUCUUCUCCCCGUCUUUAGAGAGAGGAGUCAGCUGCCAUCUUUGAUUUUCUUCUUCCCCUGUCUUUAGAGAGAGGAGUCAGCUGCCAUCUUUGAUCUUCUUCUUCCCCUGUCUUUAGAGAGGGGAGUCAGCUUCCAUCUUUGAUCUUCUUCUUCCCCUGUCUUUAGAGAGGGGAGUCAGCUUCCAUCUUUGAUCUUCUUCUUCCCCUGUCUUUAGAGAGAGGAGUCAGCUGCCAUCUUUGAUCUUCUUUUUCCCCUGUCUUUAGAGAGGGGAGUCAGCUUCCAUCUUUGAUCUUCUUCUUCCCCUGUCUUUAGAGAGGGGAGUCAGCUUCCAUCUUUGAUCUUCUUCUUCCCCUGUCUUUAGAGAGAGGAGUCAGCUGCCAUCUUUGAUCUUUUUCCCCCUGUCUUUAGAGAGAGGAGUCAGCUGCCAUCUUUGAUCUUCUUCUUCCCCUGUCUUUAGAGAGAGGAGUCAGCUGCCAUCUUUGAUUUUCUUCUCAUCUUUGGCUUAUAAAGCAAAAAACAGACACAUUUUCAUGAUCUGAAAAUGACACCUUCUUCUCUUCCAAGUUUCCUUGUCUGAAUGCAUACAGGGAUGAAACUAAUUUUCUUUCAUUUCUUUAUUUUUUUUGGAAAGGAAAAGAGAAUAUGUAGACUCAUCUUCAUGAUCCCUCUGUCUUCCUCUAGUUGCCAGGUCUGAAUGCCUACAGAGAAUAUUGCAGUAACCAGCUGGCCGCCAAGGCCCUGUUGGACCAGAAGAAGCAGGACCGGAGGGUGCAGGACUUCCUGCAGCGCUGCCUGGAGUCUCCCUUCAGCAGGAAGCUGGACCUGUGGAGCUUCCUGGAUAUACCCAGGAGCCGGCUGGUCAAAUACCCCCUACUGCUGAGAGAGAUACUGAGGCAUACCCCGCCAGACCACCCUGAUGUACCCUGCCUUGAGAAAGCGGUUUGUAGAGCGCACUCACACGACCCUACUAAAGCUGCUCACUGACAUCAACACACACACACACACACACACACUUAUCAGACACAUCGUAAAGUUGCAAAUGGUACACCCAUACAUGCUAAUAGAAUAAUACAUUUAUUCUAAAUCUCUUUUGACUUGACCGAAGUGUAAUACUGUGAUUCCAGAUGACCAUCAUCCAGGGUGUGUUGUCUGACAUCAACGUGAGGAAGGGAGAGUCGGAGUGUCAGUACUACAUUAAUAAGCUGGAGUAUCUGGAUGACAGGCAGAGAGACCCGCUCAUCGACAACUGCAAGACCUUGCUCUGUCACGGAGAGCUACGCAACAAGAGUGGCUCGGUGAGCGUUUUUUAGACACACACAGUUUAUCCCGUACGUUAGUACAACCUAUUCUGUACGGCUGUAUGCCCCCCCCCCAACUAACAUGUAACCAGGCUUUCUGGUUUUCUUCUCAUUGUGAAGUUGACCCCCCCCCCCCCUUUCAACCAAUCAAAUGUAUUUCUAAAGCGUGUUUUACAUCAGCAGUUGUCACAAAGUGCUUUCGCAGUAAUAGGCCUGUUACGUUAACUCCGUGUGUUGUGUAGAAGCUGCACGUGUUCCUGUUCUCUGAGCUGCUGGUGCUGACGCGGCCGGUGACGCGUAACGAGCGGAGCUGCUACCAGGUGUACCGUCAGCCCCUCCCCAUCAGAGACCUGGCUCUGGAGGACCUACAGGAUGGAGACGUACGCAUGGGAGGGUCCUUCAGAGGGGCCUUCAGCCAGGGGGAGAAAGGUGAGUUAUGGUCUGGGACUCAAUUGUCUCAAUUAGUCUUUCUUCAAUUCCUUGUGUCCUUCUCAAAAUGCAUUGGAGAAGAUCUCUGCACUCAGGACUCAAUGCCCAGUUUGUGAGUUGCUGGCACAAUAUCCUGUGUGGCGUUAACUCCACCUACAUUUUACUGCGUUCAUGAUACAUUUGGGAAAGGUACUGAGACCAAGGAGUUGUACUUUAGGAGGUGUUUUAUGUGGACGUGUUUACGAUGAACAGCAGUUUAUAUAAUCUGCGUUGUUUCUGACUGUCUGUCUCUCUCUCUCCAGCUAAGAACGUGUUCCGCGUGACCUCCCUGGACCCGACCCACGGCCAGUCUCACACCCUGCAGGUCAACGACGUCUUCCACAAGCAGCAGUGGCUCAACUGUCUCCGGAGCGCCGUCGACGCCCAACCCCAAAAGCAGAGGGCACCACUCCGAGAUCAGCACAGUGAGGCUACGACCAGGGCCAAGCGUCGUUCUUCUGUGGUGUCCAUGUCCGAUAUGGUCCAGGUCGAGGAGGGGGCAGAUGAGAACGACUGUUCCCAGGUCGGUGAUCCAAUCCGAGGGUGUAAAGGCACAGAGGCACUCCCCCGGUCUGAUUCUUCAAGUAAAAUGAAAAGAGAGUGGAGCCGUGGUCAGCUUCGCAGGAGGAAAGAGACCGGCGUUUAG